ACGAUGAUCUUGGUAACAGCCAAUCAAAUCAGAAUUGAAGACAGAAAGAAGUUCUUCAAUAACAAGUCGAUCUUAGUGGUAUUUCCUCCCAGUUUGUCGUUUUUAUUCAUACAAGUUGCCUUUGUUUUCUACAUUAAUCAUCAUGGCUCACAUCCGUCAUUUUCUGUUCAAACAUCAAACAGUACCAAUUUCGACUAUCCAACGUAUAGCUGGGAAUAAUGUGGACCAGUUUCGAAAAGUAUCCACAAGCCGGGAGGUUCGUGCGACGGCAAACCAUGAUGAAUCCACCAGCAGCCCUGUUCCUGUUGCAGAAGUUAAGAGAUAUGCAACAGAUUGCAUGGUGAGUGUAGGAGUGAAAACAGAACAUGCAUCUGCCUUAGCUGAUGUACUUGUGGCAGCUGAUUAUAGGGGUCAUUACUCUCAUGGAUUGAAUCGUUUGGAAAUGUAUGUACAAGAUAUCUCGACUAAAAUAUGUGAUGGCAAUGCUAUCCCAACAAUUGAAAAAGAAAAAUUUUCAACAGCCCUUGUAAAUGGACAAAAUAGUCUUGGCCCCGUAGUUGGUAACUUUUGUAUGAAUUUGGCUAUUGAAAAGGCUAAAAAGCAUGGAGUUGGAUGGGUAACUGCAAACAAUUCUAACCACUACGGAAUUGCGGGCUGGUACAGCAUUAUGGCAGCAAACCAAGGACUCAUGGGUCUCUCUUUCACCAGUACUUCUCCCUUAGUUGCGCCAUCCCGUGCAAAAAAUGCUGCUCUUGGGACCAAUCCUAUUACUUUGGCAGCACCAGCUCUUAAUGGAGAUCAAUUUGUUCUUGAUAUGGCAACUUGCACUGUUGCUGUUGGAAAGAUCGAGUUACAGCGAAGAAAAGGUCUUCCAAUUCCAGAAGGAUGGGCGAUAGACAAAGAAGGAAAGAUUACAACCAACGCAGAUGUUGCGAUGAAAGGUUGCUUGAUGCCACUCGGAGGAGCGGAACAAACUUCCGGUUACAAGGGAUACGGAUUAGCUGCUUUGGUUGAAAUCUUUUGCGGAAUCUCUGCAGGAGCUACUUAUGGACCUAACAUUAGGAGAUGGAUGGACACUAAGCGCAAAGCUAAUUUGGGCCAAUGUUUUAUUGCUGUCGACCCAGAGUGCUUCGCUUCGGGUUUUGAAACUAGAUUGUCCGAUCUUAUGUCUCACCUUCGACACAUGGAGCCGGCCGAUCCAAAUAAACCCGUCUUGGUGGCUGGCGAUCCAGAACGCGCUCACAUUGCAUUAGUGGAUUCCGAAGGAGGGAUCCGCUAUCAUGUUAAUCAAAUUUCGGCUUCGGCCAGCCUAGCUCAAAAACUCAACGUUAAGCCGAUGAAGCAUAUCGCAUAGUCUUUCAGAGUAAUUCCGGUUUGGUAAGCAAAGCAAUACUGACGAAGUGGCUAAGUAGAACGUUAAAAGGCAAGUUUAUAAAUUGUUAUGAGUACUUAAAUAGUUUGUGUUGAAGAUUUUGUAUUAAACAUUUGUUAUCCCCCUUGUGA